UUUUCAACCCUUUUCCCCCAUCAACCCAAAGAUCCAACUCGAAUCCCAAAGCCUCGAAACUCGCCAAAGUAUUUCAAGAAAAUUAUAAUUUUUCAAUAAAAUUUCCAUCGGCCCAAAAUAUCUUAUCUAUUCAGACGUCUAUCUGCCCAAAAAAACACCACCAAAAAUGUCAAUUUUAGCCCCAAAUUCACAUAUUCUUUACAGAGAACUCCAUCACAGAGAGCACCAGCAGCAGCCACACCAGCAAAAUUGGAGCAAUGGGUGUUGUUCGAAUGCCAUAAAAACUUGUGGGUUUGGUUUCGAUCGAAGAAAAAUGGAUCAUCGAUUCAAGAAAAUCGAGAAAAGAGAUUGUAAAGUUGCAGCCUUUUGGGAUCCAUCAAGACCUGCGUUCGUGGAAUUGGAACCUAUUACUGAUGCUGACCAUUUGGAUCGUAUUUUGGAACAGGCAAAAGAAGCCUCUCAACCCAUCAUCAUUGAUUGGAUGGCUGCUUGGUGUAGAAAAUGCAUAUACUUGAAGCCGAAAUUGGAGAAAUUGGCAGCCGAAUAUGACACCAAGUUCAAAUUUUAUUGCGUGGAUGUGAACAAUGUACCACAAGCGCUCGUGAAACGAGGAAAUAUCUCCGUACAAAAUGCCAACAAUUCAGUUGUGGAAAGAUGGGGAGAUGCAAGCAGAGGUGAUUGGCGGACAUAAAGCGUGGCUUGUGAUCGAAGAAGUUCGACAAAUGAUUCAGAAUUUUAUAUGAUUUUCGUUCAGAUUCUUGUUCAUAUACAUAUUUUCAAUCAUAUAAUAACCAAUCAAAGUACAGUUUUGUUUGUUUGUCAAUUUUUUUAUUCUAAGAGAUUUUGUGAAAUUAUCAGAC